AUAAAAUAAAAUCUGGAAAUGAAUGAACUUUUAUCAUCCUAUUUUUACGGACAGGGGGCAGCAUGUGUUGAGGCCCGGCCCGAACCCGCUAAUGGCCAUUUUCCCCAAUGAUUGAUUUUCCCGGGAAAUAUUGAAAACGAGGUAUCUGAUCGAAAAAAAUUUCGUCACCUGAUCGUGAUCGCGUGGAGGUAUUCUCUUGAAUACUGAUGCCUAAGCACAAAUGGGAUUUGCUUUUAAAGCGAAAAAAGCAAUCAUGAGAUCAAUAAACAGUCCACCAGCACAUAGAUAGCAACAUGGAGUGUAUGAGAAGCCUUUGGACAAGGCUUAAACAUGCCUUUUCACCACCAGGACAGACACCCAUAGACCCUUUCAUUGUGAUUACUGUCUUCAUCUGCAGUCUUGGAAAUGCUAUGAUUAUCACAAUGCCGUUCUCAUUUCUACCAAGAAUGAUGAGGGAUUUUGGCAUUGAAGAAAAGGAAAUAGGGAAUUAUGUUGGAAUUGUUGCUUCAUCACUUUUUGUGGGAAAAUCUUUUGGAAGUUAUUUGUGGGGUUGGCUAUGUGAUCGAAUUGGACGCAAACUUUCACUGGCAAUUUCAACUGGUCUAAUCGCCCUCUGUACUCUUAUGUUUGGUUUUAGCCAGUCUUAUGUUUGGGCCUUGAUAACUCGGUUCCUUCAAGGAUUGUGUGGUGGACUGAUCAUAGCUCUGAAGGCGACGAUUUUCGCCCUUUGUGAUGAGACCAACAGCAGUCUUGGAAUGGCAAUAAUAAUAAGCUCUUUUCAAAUUGGUUUGAUAGUUGGCCCAGCUGUAGGAGGAUUUUUAGUUUUUCCUGCCGAGUCUUUUCCAUCAGCCUUCUCCAAAGAUUCUUUAUUUGGAAAAUUCCCAUAUCUUCUACCAGUAUUUAUAACUUUCGUUAUGUUGGUCAUAUCCUUGUUUCUGACCAUAGUCAAAAUCCCAGAGACUCUUAAAAGAGAGAAGACUAAUGAAAAGACAAACUUGCUAAAUGACAGUGUGAGUAAAUCAAUUGAAGGACCGUCUCGUAAAUCGAGAAAAUAUUUGCAUAUGUAUACAUAUGAUAUAAUUGUUGCGAAAGAAUCCUACACUGUCUUUGCUGUGCAGCCCAACAAAGAAGCGGAGCAUGAAAAGGAUUCAAACAAUGCAAAGACUACUGUUUCCCAUUUCCAAAUCGAAUGCGAUAGCGUCAUGGUGCAGACACGUCCAGCCUCAACAUGUUGUCGAGGCUUGAAAGAGUCGUCGUUAUGGCAACUCAUAAAGAUACGAAACGUGCAGCUAUCACUGGCGCUGUAUGCUAUUUUCUCUUUUGUUUCAACUGGGUUUGAAGAAACGUUUCCUGUCUACGCAGACUCAUCUAAGAUCUACGGUGGCCUAAGCUAUGCGUCAGAUCAGAUAGGGACAGUUAGUCUCAUUUCAGCCGCACCUAUGGUUGUUUUGGUUUUCGGCAUUGCAAGGCUCGAACGGAGAUUUGGUGCUAAAAUGUUAUUGAUUGCUGUGAUAUAUCCCCUCGUGUUCGGCUUGCCACUUUUUGCAUUUAUUGGCUAUAUACCGUCCAGAUAUGUAUGGUACGUGCUUAUUCCAUUUUUGUUCGUCGUGAGGUUAACAUUCGCCUGCUGCUUCAUGGUAAUCAAUGUAAUACUCAAUUGUGCUGCUGACCCAAAGUACAUGGGCCUGGUCAAUGGACUGGGAAUGACAGCAUCAUGUGUCUUCCGCUCAAUUGCACCCACCACUCUCGGCUCCCUCUACUCUUGGUCGCUAACGAAUGAAGGAACAUUGGGGUAUCCAUUCAACCAUCACUUCUCCUUUGUUCUGACUGGGUUCGCUGCUCUUAUCACGUUGGUAAUCACAGUAUUUCUGCCUGAUAAAUUUCCUGCUCAAAACCUUAUAGAAGUCACCGAAUCAGAAGUAACCAAUCACAGUUCGAGUGACGAAGGCCCAGAAUGCGAGCAAGAUACCAAGAUUUAGAGUGUAUUGUCACAUUUAGCAAUUGCCAAAUACAUUCAUGUAAAUUUAGUCAUAUGCAUAGAUCUAGAAGGUUUGUAAUAUAUAUAAUAAUAAUUCAUUCAAUCACACUCUCACAUCACAUCCACUAAAAACAGUUCUCGUAACACUUUCAGUAUCAAGAUGGAUUCACAUGAAAAAUAUGGCCUAUUCUGAUUACACGACUGUAAAUUUUACAUAUAUUUUCCUUCCAACUUUCUGUCUGACACUGGCUAUGUUCUGCGUUUUUCUUAUCUUUUAGCGAAUCGGGCCACGAGCCUGGAGCAAAAAUACUAUCAACUCCCUCAAAAAAUUAAAAAUCCUUUGGAAUAUGGAAAGAGCCACAAAGAAUAUUUUAACUAGAAUUUAACUUCUUUUAGGCCUAACUGAAUUUCAACUAUGAAAAAGGAUUUAUUCUUUGGAAAUGUUUUUGAGCUUUUUAAACGUUUAACUUCUGUCAUUGAAUAUUGUAAAUAGGGAAUUUUUAACUUUAAGUUGUUUAUUUUCACAGGACACACAUUGAUAACAGCGUUCAUUCGCUGAAAUGUUUUUAUUCCUUAAUAGAUAUACGAAUUAUUAUUAUUUUAUUAUUAUUAUUCUUAUGUUUUUAUAAACUAUAUUUUUAUAAAGUGUAUUAGUCAUAAAAUGUUUUUCUUUAUGACUAUUGUUUGAUCAAAUGCCGUAAAAGUUCAUGCAACCAUGGGUAUGAUAGAAGUUUGAUAGAUUAAUGAAGGUUUAACAUUAAACGACAGAAAGUUAAAUGCUUUUGCCUAACUGAUUGUCAUCUCUUAUUAACCAUAGAAUUAGUUUUUAAUUUAAAACUUUAAAGACUAAUACCAAGUUGUAAGUGUAAAGAAAUGCAGAUGUUAUUCUGAGCUGGGUUUGUGCCUUUUUUCCUGGAGCUGGGAUUCGAAAUGAAUAUGAAAUUCUGUGAUUCUAUGUUUUGUUUGAAAUUUUGGAACUGAAAAACUCAAACAAAAAAAUACAUUCCUUGUUUUCUAAAUAUCAUUCUUAUCAAGUUUCGUUGGAGUGAAACCGUUCGACUUUAUUGAUGAUGGAAACUGUACUGAUCAGCUGAUGUGGCUGAUUCUCCUAUUUGUUAUAGGAUACGACAAGACUAAUUACCUAAGACAUUGGUUUUGCCAUUGAAUUCAACUAUAGGACCUUUAGGACAGCCAUAUAACAAUAGAAAUACAACCAACAAUAAGCGCGGUCGAAAGGGGGGGAAAGGGGGGAAAUGACCCAGGACCUCGAGGUCUAGGGGACUUCAUAAAGUGAUGAAUUCCUUUCAAGAAUGGAAUUAUGCAGACGUAACAAAAGUGAGCCAAAAAUAGUAAAACGUUCCAUUGAUUAGAAAAAAAUAACUGCAAGAAAUAUUCUAAAAUGAAUUUUAAGCUGAUCUAAAGGGCGUGGUAGCUUGCUUCGGUGCAGGGGCCUUCAGUUCUCGCUCUGCCCCAGAGCCUUCGAAAACUCUUGGCAGCCCUGCCAACACCUGUAAAAAACUUAUCUACUACACGGUCUUGAAGGUUAAUAUCAUUAAAAAAAUCUAAUGAUGAUGGGCGGAGCAGGAAAUUUUCCUUUGAAUAAGCUCUGAAAAAAUUGCUUAUCGCUUAUGUUUUCAAUGUUUCUAAACUUUGUCAGGAAAAUUGAAAAGAUAACUUUGUUUCUUUUGCGGUUGCAACCAAUCGUUAUCUUCUUGGUUCCACAACCGCGUAAAUGAUUUUAUCUAUUCAGUACCAUAGAAAGGAUGGAAUUGUCUGUGUCGCCAUUUUGAGAACAAGAGGAACAGAACAGAUGGUUCAUUGGAAACAAUUGAUAACUUUUAGAAGGUUCAAGCAGCUAUGCACAAUAGAAACUACGACCCUGAUUCAUUUAAUAACCUGGGUGAAUCUUUCGUAAACAAUCGUUAAUUAAUUGCACGAUUGUGUAAAGAUUGGACCUGAACGUGUAAAAAUAAUCCUAGUUUUUCGGACGCAGGGCGGGUUCGAGGCCCGGCCCGAACCCGUCAAUGGCCAUUUAGCUGGCAAAUAUUGAAAACGAGGUAUCUGAUUGCAAAAACUUUCGUCAACUGAUCGUGACCACAUUGAAGUAUUUCCUUGGAUAUUGUACCAUUGAUUCAAAAGGGCACAUGGAUUUUGCUUUCAAACCGAGAAAAAUAGCAUUCAUGCGGUAUGUUUACUUGCAUUCAUUGCAAUCAUUUUGCUAUAGCGAUAAGGUAAUUUGUUUUUCGUUGACAGUACCACCGAAGCAGCAGGUAACAAAACUCCUUAACUUUUCUAGCUAAAGUAAAUAAACCCGGCGAAACAGCACAAUUUCCUGUUAUUUUCCCCUACAUUGUCGUUUAAAGGGCAAUACUACUAGUUGAUAGGUUCUAUGUACUAUUUAGGAAUUUAUUAAACUUAAGAAUCAAAGAAAGUGAAGAGCCUAUGUGCCAAAUUGCUAAUUUAUUGACGAAGAAAUCAUUUGAAAUACAACUUCGACUUUAGCCUUCUCAAGGAAGCAGGUAGAAGGCGAAAAAUAAAGAAAUGACACGCAGUUGACGCACGAAAUUACUGGACAUCAUCCAUUCAGUUCAGUCCGGUUGUGAAAUCUUCAUUAAAGCAAACCAGCAGAGACUGUCAAGGCAGCAUUUUCUUUGAAAGGCAGAAAUGUAACAUAUUAAACAAAUAUGUGCUGUUGCAUAAAUAUAUUUGGCUAGUAAGAAUGAGGCAGUGGGCACUAUCAAAGAAGCCUAAUUAGGCUGCCCAUUGCAAAAGAUGGACUCUUGAAUCAGUUGAUAUUGUUCAUUUGUCCCUCUGUUAAACUCAACCUUUGAUAUUCAAGUGUUUUGAAUAGUGAGAAUGAAGCUUAAAUUGAAUACAGAAACAAAGCUGAUCUAAUAACUUGCAAUGAAAGAAUGACAGGAGACUUAGGGAGUUGUAGUUUAUGUUUUGCACUGAUUUGAAUAUAGUUGGUAUCGUCACGGACUGAUAAUUGUAAUUUUAUGCAUACUCAUCCAGGGCCGCCAAAUGCAGGUUUGAACAGUGGGGGGUCAAAACGAAUAAAAAGGGCACAAACAUUUAUUUUUGGAAACUUUAUUAUUGGCCAAAAAUAUGACAAAUUGCACAUAGUGAAAACUUUCUUUGUUGCAGACAUGGCAACAUAGAUGCCAUUUAAGGAGCAUGCACUCUUGAUCAAACUUAAUUGUACAACUCCUCAUCUAGUGGGCUUAACAGUUUUUUUGAGGGUGUAAAUCUUUUUGAUUCUUCAUAUUUCUAUUACAAUCCUUCCCCCAUACUUGUGGCAGGUGCAUUAUGUUCAACGUUAUAAGAAUUGUUGCCCUGAGAUCAUUCUAAUAGAAGACCUUUAGUAAUGAGUUCCAUAUCGCAAUAUCAAAGUCACCGUUUUAUAACUCAACUUACUACCAACAGCAAAACAUGUGAACAUACGUAAACAAGUCUUUGUAAAGAAAUCUAUUGUGUAAUAUAAACAUGCCCCAAUGUAUUCUCAACAUGCCCCCUCAAUCUUGAGUUGCUUAAGUAUAUAUUAUAAUGUUGCAAUUUGUCUAAAGAGACUUGUAUAGAUGACAUGUAAGCCGGUGUCCGCUCUUGUCACUCUGCUCAUAUCCUCUAGGUUGUUGUAGAUAGAUCUCCUUAUCGAUUGGUGCAUGCUCCCUUAACGUCCAUCUGAUGUAAAUAUAAUCUUUCGUUGGAUGCCUUUUGCAGUAACAUACAAAUUGAUGCGAAUCUGGUUGUGGGUGAAAAUGUUUCAUCAUAGUCGAUGACGUAAAUUUGACGUAAUUUUCACCACUAGGGUUGAUACCUAAAUAGAUACCUUCCUUGCCACAUAUAUCAAGUUUUUGCUUAUAUCCCUCUACAUAGAAUACACAAGGUGCUUCAAAUGUAUGUAGGUUUCUAAUGUCUGGCUUUAUAUUUGUAAAUAACUCACAAGCUGCAGCAUUUGUGCAUCAUUGAAAACUUCUGUUUCUCAGAUACCGAGUAUGUUGUGCUGCAUAUGGCAAUAAUGACUUUGAAAUAUUUGCUUCUGCUCUUAAGCAUCUUGCCAUUUCCAUGAGACUUCUCCAUCUUCUCUCUGAUUUGCCGUUUUGAAAGGGAUAUGGCAUUGUAGAUGUCUGUUUGAUACCAUUGUUGAGAAGCACUUGCGUAAAAGCUUGACUGAGAUAUUCUAGAGCAUUAUCACUGUGAAAUUCUUUUGCUCAUCCAAUAAGGGGUUACAUCUGCUAUGAAAUUCUUUAAAGCAGUAGAUGCUUCAUCUUUUGAUCGUAGAAAGUAAACAAAUACCAUACUCGAAUAUUCAUCAACAAAAUUUAUUAUGUAUUUGUACCUUUCCCUUAAUACGCUCUUUGUAAGGGCUCUAUGCAGUUUUCAUACAAUUGGUCUGAUUCCAAGUUGAUUAUGCUGUUGUAAUUCAUAUGACCUAGAGUUUUGUGCCAUUCUUUGAGUGGCUUUGUGGUACUUGCUACAGUAUCAUCACUUGGUAAGAAAUACAAUUUACCACUUCUUUCUAAUCUUAAAAAGAAUGUUUGCUCCAUUGUCAGUAGCUGCAAGAACUCAAAAAAGACUUGAAGAAAAUUCUGGAGCUAGUAAGGCAUUUCUCAAUGUUAUGCUGUUGGAAUUAUGAUGAUAUGAUGUUUUAGUUACCCCCAUCAUAGAAACAAUGGACAGCCUUUUGAUUGUUGUGUUAUUGCUAUAACAAGAACUUUUUUUGUUUUACCAUAUAGCACGUUUUGUUUUCCUUGUGUAAAGUUGUUCUGUUGUUGUGAUCACCGUUUUUUGGUAGAGAAAGUUUUCGUUCUUGCUUUCCAUUCUUUAUUAGAGCCUUUGGUAUGAAGAAUUCUAACAUAUGCUACGUGGCAGUCUUUUAGAGUUUACGAUUGUAAAUUUUGCAUUCCCUCUUGCAAUUGCCAGUUUGUUGCUUCGUCUUCCAUCCGCUACUUCAAUAUAAUGUUUUUCUGGCUCAAAAGUAUUGUCAUAUGAUGUGAAAUGUUUUUCAUCGCAUGUAACACGUGGCUCCACAAUCGACCAGAAGUGUAUUGCUUUGUUUAUUUGCUGCAUUUACAUAUGUGGUUACAAACGAGUAGUUUGAAGGAGCAGAUGAAGAAAGAGCAGACGAAUUUUGCUUUCUAAAGCACACACUCUCGAUAUGACCUAGUUUUUCACAGUAUUGGCAUUUUAACCUGGAUUUUCCACGGCAUUCUUUCGAUUUGUGCCCUGUUUUGCCACAAGAAAUACACUGUAUACUUUCUUGCUUAGGCCUCAUGAGAGUUGAUCUGGAAGGUUUUCUGAGAUGAGAGUUAGAUGGCGAUCACAAUGCUUCCGUGUUGGCAAAAUUAUUUUAUGCUGCCUUAAAUUCUGACAAUGUUUUGUACUUAUCUAAUUGUGUAUGUACCACUACAAAGGGCUUGUACGAUUCUAGCAAUCCUUUCAGAAUCAUUGCGAUGACUAAAUUAUCUAAAAUAUUUUCAACAGCAAUUCGUAAUCCAGUUGCCGCUCAUUCAGCUCGAAAAUGUAAUCGGUUAUGUCAUCCUCAGCGGCCAUAUGUAACGCGGCCAAUUCCUCAUACAACAAGAGAACUCUCAGUUCUUCUGUACUUGCAUAAUGCUGUUUGAGAAUAUUGAAUGCUGCUCGACCGUCGUUUGGUGAAUCAUUCAUUAGUAGUUGUAGAGAACGUUCAUCAAGAGCUUGUACAGUGGCGGAUCCAGACUACCGCCAUUACCGCUCGAGCGGUAGUCAGAUUAUUCAAAAAAUUAUAGAAACAAGAAUCAUUUUCAUGUUUAUCCUACUACUUUAAUUAAACCAUAUUUAAUUAUUGAAAAUAUUUGAUCGCGCUGCAAACCAAGCCUUUCUUCCUAGGAACAUGCCUGAAAUUUCCACAGAGACAGAAAUAUUUUUUUAUCCUUAUCACUAUGGAAAUUGCGUGCCAAUUGCCGAGCCACAUGUUUGUAAAUAGAAGGCUAGCAUGGGGGGAUGAUGAAAUCAUGGCUUGCUAGCUAGGGGGGUUGAGUCGGUGUAGAGCGGAUUCGAGCUGCACUGAGCGGUAGUCAGCCUGCCUAAACCAAUCAAAUCGUCAGAAAUCACUGCCAACCUGGGGGGAUGCAUACAAAUUUUGUUGACAACCAAUGAACAACCGAGUUGACUACCGCUCAGAUGGGGGGUUGAGUAGUACUGCCGCUCAACACGGCUCAAACGUUACAGAAAGAUGGGGGGAUGCCUAAAUAUUCUGCAAACUGUAACUUCAAAGCCGAUGUGACCAAGACCCAUUAUUUUGUACAAUACACAACUAUUCGUAGGAAUAUAUUUUAAAAGAAUAUUAAUUAAGACUCAAAUAUUCUAAAAUUUAAGAAGGCAUCAGGAUUAAAAGUCAGGCCCACAAUAUUCGCCAAAAGUAUGAUUCUUUGUUUAACAAAAGUUGCUCUCAAUAAUUUCAAAUUUUAUCUAGCUUUUUAAACUUGUAAUUUCCAACAGGUCUGAUUUUCAUAAGUAAUUGUCCGACUAAAUGCGAGUUUUAGGCGACACUUCAAAAUUCUGCCAAAUGUAUCUUUUUUUCUAAUUCUAUGGUUUUCCUCGUCUAAAUGCCGUAAUUUUUUUAGAAUAUCCAUCCUCAGAAUAUAGAAUAAGAUUAUUUAUUUCUUCUCAAGCUUGUUGUAAGGAUACAUUAAAUUUCAGUAAAGCAGCUUGUCUCUUGAAAAUGGUCUACAUAAGAAAUUAUAGAAAGCAAUAAUCAUUUUAGAAAACCGGGUGUGACCAAGAAAUGGGUGUGGUCUAAAGGGUGUGAUCAACCCUCUAUCUCAUUUCAGCGGUAGUCAGAUUUUUGGCUGGAUCCGCCACUGCUUGUACGAGUUCUGCAUAAGCUCGCCUGUUUUUCUCAUCGAAAUCUUCGUCUUCUUCUUCGCCUGUGAUGGCGUUGUAUACGCCUUUAUCCAAUGUGUAUAGUUAGUUCGUAAACCGUGUUUCCCAUAUUGGAAAAGAUUGUGAUUCUCCAUUAAAACAGAUGCGGGCUUUGGGCCCAUAACCUGUUAAGAAUUGUUGCCCUGAGAUCAUUCUGAAAGAAGACGUUUAGUAAUGAAUUCUAUAUCGUAAUAUGAAAUUCGCCGUUUUAUAACUCAACUAACUACCAACAGCAAAAGGUGCGAACGUACUUAAACAAGUCUUUGUUAAGAUAUCUAUUGUGUAAUAUAAACAAUGCGUGUUCGCACUUUGUGUGAAAAGAACUACAAUGUGUCAUUGUUUUGUUCAUUGUAAAGCUAAAGAUUUAUUGCAGCAUUCGAAUGAAUCCACCUUGAUGCAAUCAUACAUACAAAAUUAAUCAAAAAAAUUUUUAAAGUUAAACCCAAAAUAUGAUGUAAAGAACUGAAAGCAAAUUUUGAAUAUUUAGUCUCUACCUGGCAUAGUCUUCCAGAUGUAUUCCGUGACUUAUGAUCCUCAUUAUCAUUAAAUUUUUUUGCAAUUUCCAGUCCCUAUCUCUUUCAAAGCAAAGUUUCAGUCUCUAUGAUUAUCUAAACCCCAUUCGAACAAUGAUUUUAAUUUUCUUAUUUUCACAUCUACUAAUACUAAUUUUCUUAUUUUCAUAUUCAAUUUAGUUCUUUUUGGUUUUCGCGCCUUCCCAUCCCUACGCUACGCCAUUCUUUAGUGUUUUUAAUGGAAUCCAAUUGAAAAGUUUGCUCACUAGCCUCUGCCGAAGGAGCAGUUAUCUGAGAAGCAUCAGAAGUCAAGCGAAUCCCCUUUUCACUUGACGAAGCAGCGGCUGCAAAGGGGUUAGGGGCUGCACCACUCGUUUUUUAAGGUAUAGCUCUAUUUUGUAACAAAAGAUGACGAUGCUGUAUUUCGUUAUGUGUCUUUCUGUAGUAGUGGUCAAACUCAGCACCACAAACUCCACACUGAAAUUUUAAUUUCUUCUUUGGUGGCAUGAUAGCAAAUAAACGAUUUAUUGUUCAUGGGCAACAGAAAUUGAAAAUUGAAAGAACAUUUGUUUUCAAGAUUCCGACAUAGAAGUAUCCUGUGCCCAGAAAGAACACGAAACGCUGUAUGAAACGGGACAACACAGACAGGAAGUAGGCUAAAGGAGGUCUACAAAGAACAGGGGGAGCUCAGCAUACACUCGUUUCUUAUUUUAUAAAGCGUUAAGAAUUUCCCACUGUGAAAUCCAGAAUUGUCAACUUACCCUGGAAAAACUAUCCCAUGAAAAGGUGCCAUUCAUUGAGAAUGACCUGAAAGAGGCUAUUGCAUCUAUGGACCCUGGAAACAGGCCCAAUAUCAGAACAGAUCUUUAAAGAAAGUUUCUUCUUCAGAUUGGUCCACAGCAGCCUUCGUUACCAAAAUUUCCCCUGAACGAAUCCUGUCUUUCAGGAAGACAACGUAGAUUUCGCGCCCAGUGGUUUGAGGAGUAUCCGCAUUUAGAAUACAGCAUCGAUAAGGAUGCAGCAUAUUGCUUUGCUUGCUCUCUUUUCCCUCAUGGUCCAGAAAGAGAGAAGUCAGAUGAAGCUUGGUUCAAGCAUGGUAUACGACUGUGGCACAAAAUGGAGAGUAUUGGGAAAGAAAAGAAGGGGGAAGCUAGAGCAACAUUUUUCUUCAAGAGCACAUUGUGCUGCUGUUGCAGACUUGUCGUCAUUUUGCAAAAUUGAAGGACAUAUAAAUCUUAUGUACGACAAAAGUAAGAGGGCUGUGGAAAUUAAAAAAGAGAAAGAAGUUAUCCAAAACAGAAAGGUGAUUGAAAUUCUCUUAGACAUCACUGGGACACUUGGAAGACAGGGUCUUGCUUUCAGAGUUGAUAUCGAAGAGAAUGGUAAUUUCUUCCAGCUUCUAAAGCUGAUGGCACGACAUUCACCAACAUUGAAAAGUUGGUUAGAUGACAAAUAUUCAAGACCAUAUCAUGUCACCUAUUGUAGUCCAGAGUCCCAAAACAUCUUCAUUGAGUUACUUGCUAACGAAAUUCGCAAGGAAGUAACAAAGAGGGUGAGAGAUGCCUAGCUGUUCUCUGUCCUUGCUGAUAAUACGCCUGACACAUCACACCAGACACACCACACUCGUGUGCUGUACGUUUUGUAGGCUGUAAUGGGGAGGCAGAAGAAAGACUGUUAGAAGUAAAGGAGCUUAAAGAUAAGACUGGUUUAGGGCACGCAAAGGCUAUAUUGGCAACAAUAGAUACUGCUGGACUUAACAGCGAUUUCAGUAAUAUGAUUUUGCUGCAACGAUGUCUGAAGAGCGUAACGGAGCACAGGCAAUGCUUUCCAAUGAACUGAAGAGACAUGUUCCAUACAUUUGUCAAGGACACAGGGCAAACACGGUAAUCGAGCAUGCUUCCAGUGCGUGUCCCUUGAUUGUUUCCUUAUUCGAGCAGCUUGAGGCUGUUUACGAGAAAUCAAAGAAUUGCUUGCUCAAGGAUAUCAGGAGUGAUUAAAGGAAGUAUCAAUUCACUUCAAAGAAUGUAUUCUUCAGAUGAUGAAUUUGACAACCUUAUACAAGCCAGUGUUAUUUUGGCAAAACGAAUGGGAGUGGACCCAGAAAACAGCUUCCCAUUUAACAUUUCAAGUUUUUUACAGAAGCCAGAUGAGAAACGUCCUUGGCACGCUGAUUGCCGAAUUCUCUGAUAACUUGCAGAGCUGCAUAGCAAAAGUAAAGCAUCUAUCUAUUCUUCAACCACCACUUGAAAUUCAAUCACUGCAGAUGCAAGAUGUUGAAGAUUUAUGCAAAUUAUGUCCAGCUGAUUUGCUGCCCGAUGCAAGGAGUCUUUUUGCGGAAAUGGAGACUUACAUAAAUUGCUUUGAUAAAACUGCUGGAAAGCCAGAAAAUAUCGCAGGAGCGGCAGCAGAGGUAUUUCGCCAAAGGAGAGUGUUUCCUUUAACGAAUCGGGCAUAUUGCCUUGCCCUCACAUCAUUUUCAGUUGCGAAAAACGAAAGGACAUUUAGCCGUCUAAAAAUUGUAAAAAAUUUCCUUCACGCAAGAACGAAAGAUGAAAGGCUCGAUUCGUUGAUGCUACUCUAAUGCGAAAGAGACAUUCUAGAUGCAAUUGAUUUUCAUCAUACAGCUUUAAAGUGGGCAAGGCAGAAAAAGAGAAGAAUUGCUGUUGAUUGACUUAAAGAAUUUUACCUGUCAUCGUUAAAUAUAUCUGGCUUUGAAAAAAGCAAACAUUUAGUGAACUAAAGCUUUUCGUCUGACACUCUUCAGAGUUUAAAACGUCAGAACAUAGAUCGAAAACUCUACGCUUAGAAAUAUAUAUACCCAGUUGUGGAUCGAAAUAGGCCAAUCGGAAACACGAGCACAUGACUGUAUAGGUUGACCAAUCAGUACCGCUUGCCUACUAAAUGUUUGCUUUUUUCAAAGCCAUUUACAAGUUUUGUACCACCGAAAGAUUGUUUAAAUAUAUCUAUUACCGGUUACAUUAAUCCAAAUUUAUAAAUUUCCUUGAUCGUUUUCAGUGUCUUUAUGCUUAAGGCUAAUUAUUAUAAGUAAAAUGUUGGUAAUUUUAAAAUAAACUAGGAAUCUGGAACUAGGGCUCUUUUCUAAUAUAAAUUUCCUACGUACAGAUGUACAGUUUGAAAGAAAAGUUUAUCAGGUAAAGUUGGAAUUUUCGUCAUUCCACCCCCCCCCCAAUUUAGUCACUUAUUUUCGUCCCUGACAAUGUUCGAUCUGGUUUUGGUUCCAUUUAAUCUGGUUUUGAGCUUAGCUAUAUCCAAGGAAGUAAUUGUAAAGGAUGUCUGGUAUUUAAGACUGGUCAGUUUCAUCAAAAUUGAUUACCAAAUGCAAUAAGCAGUGUUGUGGAAUGAAGACACAAAAACCACAUAACCACCACAAGUCUUGACCAGGCAGUCAGCCAGAUGCACAAAGCAUGCUAUUCUUAUAGAGCCUCAAAGAAUUUCUAAAUGAUCUUUUAAAAGGCUAUUUGUGAUAUCUAAAAAUUUCCACAAGAAUAAGAUGAAAAUCAUGAAAAAUUUUGCAAAGGGGAAAACCUUUUCUGUGUACAAAGAAUGAAUACACUGUGUGGCUGGUCUAAGGUCACACAUAGGUAUUAUAUAUACCUGUUUAUGUUUAUAGCAGAAAUAUUUGAUCAAGUUUUUACUGAUGAAGCGAAAGCAAAACGUCUUGUGAAAGACUUUUCUUUGAGUUUAUAGAUUAUUCCGAAACUUUUGUAGAAUGAGCUCUUGAAUGAAUAUAUUUAGAUUAGGCCCCAUUUAAUAGCCAAUAACAUGAAAAAAGUUCUAACAUAGUUUAAACUUGUUAUUGGCAAUAUCCCAACUUAUUGGCAAUAUCCCAACCUAUAUUUCUGUUUAUACGAUACUACGUUAUUAAUAUUUGUCAUAUUUGGCAAUAUAUGAAAUCUACCCAGGUGUUUUGUCUAUCUCUGGUGUAUUUCCUUUUUCUAUUAAAAUUUCAAGUCAUUAUCCUUUAUUGGCAAUGUUAAAAUCUGCUGAAAUUUGCACAAUUUCUCUAUUUUAUUUCAAGUAGGCAGCCUUUUUU